AUGGGCGCCAGGCGCCGGGCGCAGUCCGUGGUGCUGUCCGUGGUGCUGGCCCUCACGUUGCCAGGGCUGCCCGUCUGGGCGCAGAACGACACCGAGCCCAUAGUGCUGGAGGGCAAGUGCCUGGUGGUGUGCGACUCGAACCCGGCCACGGACUCCAAGGGCUCGUCUUCCUCGCCUCUGGGGAUUUCAGUCCGGGCGGCCAAUUCCAAGGUGGCCUUCUCGGCCGUGCGCAGCACCAACCACGAGCCGUCCGAGAUGAGCAACAAGACUCGCAUCAUUUACUUCGAUCAGAUCCUAGUAAAUGUGGGUAAUUUUUUCACAUUGGAGUCUGUCUUUGUGGCACCAAGAAAAGGAAUAUACAGUUUCAGUUUUCACGUAAUUAAAGUCUACCAGAGUCAGACAAUCCAGGUUAACCUGAUGUUAAAUGGCAAACCAGUAAUAUCCGCGUUCGCUGGGGACAAGGACGUUACUCGUGAGGCUGCCACGAAUGGAGUCCUACUGUACCUAGAUAAGGAGGAUAAAGUUUACCUGAAACUGGAGAAAGGUAACUUGGUUGGAGGCUGGCAGUAUUCCACUUUCUCUGGCUUUCUGGUGUUCCCACUGUAGAAUUUGAUUUCUCCAUGACGGUUAUCCAAGUGAGGGACAGCCCACCCC